UACCAGUUUUCAUUUUUUUGUCGUUACUAAGAAUUCAUUGAUGUAAUGUAUUGUCUACACACUGUAAUUAACAAUCUACCUUCAUUGUUUGUUAAAGGAUCUGGGUAAUUCAUGGAAAACUCCAACCAAACACUUCCAAAUCGGUUUAUCCUGAUUGGAUUAUCUACUGUCCCUCACCUCCAGAUUGCAGGGUUUCUUCUGUUCUUGGUGAUGUAUAUAAUUACAUUGGCAGGAAAUGGUCUUCUUCUCAUUACAGUGAGGAUCAGCCCAACGUUACACAACCCUAUGUACUUCUUUCUGAGUAAUCUCUCUUUCAUUGACAUCUGUUUCUCCUCUACCAUAGUUCCUGUAAUCCUCAUAAAUACUCUAUCCACAGACAAGAGUAUUUCAGUAGGUGGUUGUGUUUUUCAGAUGUUCUUCUCAUUAAUACUUGGGGCGGCAGAGUGUAUCUUACUUGCCGUCAUGGCAUACGAUAGGUUUGUGGCAAUCUGUAGACCAUUGCACUACAGCAGUAUUAUGAACAUGAGGUUUUGCAUUAUUUUGGCCCUAAUACCAUGGACUGUUGGUUUCAUAGACUCCUGCAUACAAGUUCACCUCACCUGGAGUCUUCCAUUUUGCAGGUCUCAUCAUAUCAACCAUUUCCUUUGUGAAAUGCCUCCUUUUUUAAGACUGUCCUGUAGAGAUCCUUGGCUUAAUGAGAUAGUAAUGCAUGUAGGAGCCGGGAUCAUUGUUUUAUGUUCUUUUCUCUUGACCUUAAUUUCCUAUGUUUUUAUUAUCUCUGCCAUUUUGAAGAUCCGUUCUUCACAAGGAAGACGUGCAGUUUUUUCUACAUGUACCUCCCACCUCAUUGUUGUCACACUCUACUUUGGAACCAUCAUGUCCAUAUAUCUUCAGCCUCCAUCUUCUCACUCUCCGGAAACAUCUAAAACUGUGUCUGUUCUCUAUACGGUGGUCACUCCGAUGUUGAAUCCCGUUAUCUACAGCAUAAGAAAUAAGGAAGUGAAAAACUGUAUAUUAAUAAAUGUAAAAAAACAGGCAAAAGUGGCUAAAACCAUUCUGAUGUGAGUUAUCAUACCUAAAAUUGCACAAACUAUAAUAAACAAAUGAGUUUUAUGAAAGGCGAACAUGCUCUGUUUGAUAGCAUGCAACUGUCACGCCUUGCCCUGUGAAUGUGCGGAGAUCUGUCAGACUAGCUGCACAUGUCUGACUUCUUUGAUUUGGGCUUGAGCUGGAUCCACCUUCCCUCAGGUGUACUGGGUUUCA